AAUGACCCUAACAAUUUGAUUCUCUCAACAGUCAUAACUCAUUGUCUGUUCUAUUCUGUUCCGCUCCGUUUCACACACACAUGGCUUCUCUUGCAAACCAAGUCUCUUUCCUUUUCUUAUUGGUACUUUUCCUCUCACCCCAAAUUCAAGCUAGACAAAACAAGUUCUUUAGCUUCUUUACUCAUUUCAAAACCACCCACAAUGUUGAAGAUCCUCAAUUACCUCAAUCUCCAGCCCCGGCACCAGAACCUGGAGCUGCACCAGAGAUUGAAUCAACUAAUAUACCAUCAGGACCAGCACCAGAACCUCAAUUUUUAGUCGAAACGGGAAACGGUUACGGUCUCUAUGGCAUUGAUUCUAGCCAAUAUUCUCCAACCAAGGAAACUCCAAAAACCACAUUAACAGAUUUUGAAGAUGAGCUUCUCAAUGAAGACUUCAAUGAUAAUAAAAGCUACAAAAAAGGAUAUCCUCAAACAAACUUCCACAACAACAAUGAAGUGUACACAAAAAACUACAACAAUGAAGAGAACAAGAACAGUUACAACAGCUACAAUGGAAAGGAGUUUUACAACAACAAUUAUGAGAGGAAAGGAGAAGGAAUGAGUGACACAAGGUUUAUGGAGAAUGGAAAGUACUAUUACAAUGUAAAUAGUGAAAAUGAGAAGUAUAACAACGUUAAUGGAUAUGAAUCAGGGAGAGGAAGCACUGAAAAUGAAGGUAACUAUGAAAAGAAUCAAUAUCAAAAUGAGUUUGAGACUAUGGAAGAGUAUGAGAAGCAGCAAGAAGCACAAGGUUACACAUACACACCAUGAUGAGGAUUCUUUAUAUAUAUAUAUAUAUAUAUAUAAUAUAUUUGGUUAAACAAUUUAGAGUGAGAGAGAUACACAAUGCACGCACAUUGGAAAGAAAUUAAUCAGUAAUGAGAUAAUUGUGAUGCUUUAUUUUUAAGGUGUAUGCAUCCAUGAUCUUGCACAGUUUCAUGUUUUGCAGUGUGAGGUUCUAUCUUCUUCCAAAACUAUUUAACAUUUGUGUUAUUAAUGUAACAUUUUGUGUUAUUAAUGUAACAAUCAGAAAGCACAAGCAUUAUUAUUAUAUGUCAUCAAAUUUUUGUUUA